AUGGUUAAUACGCGAUCAGGUCUUCCUCCUGCAAGCUCAUCCGCUCCCAUCCCUCAUCCUGCCGAAGAUCAACCGGCUCCUCAUGAAGAAUCCUCGGGAGUGCCCAUACCUCCGCCAGUAGUCAUUACAAUCGAAGCCUUUGAAGAGUUGCGUCAGCAGGUGGCCAUGCUCACGCAACUGUUAAGUCAAAGAAAUUCACAUCCGUCGCCAGCACAUGUGGAGCAUGGCGGUUUUAUGGCCGAUGCUCAAGCAAGACCACCAAACCUAGCAAAUGGCGGAGUUAGAACCUCGGGCUUCAUCCCUAACACUCCAUUCACGCCAGAGAUAUUGACAUAUCCCUUGCCUGACAGAUUCAAAUAUCCUCGCAUUAAAGAGUAUGAUGGGACGACCGACCCCAUCAACCAUCUCAAUGUAUACACUGAUGUCAUGAACUUACAAGUUGCACCGGAUCAGGUUAUGUGCAAAGCCUUUCCACAAACGCUGACUAAUGCUGCUAGGGAUUGGUUCUUGACAUUGGAGCCCAACUCCAUAGCCUCAUUCUCAGAUUUGGCUGAUAAGUUCUCAGCCUUCUUUGCAAGUAGCAAGCGAAUCAGGAAGAUCGCGGCCUCUCUCAUGCAACUUCGCCAGGGACCAACCGAAACCCUGCGAGGAUUUAUGACAAGGUUCAACAAGGAAAGGCUUCAAAUACUCGACCUCCACAUCACAGCAGCUGUCUCCGUCCUCACUUACGCAGUAAGAUGUGAAGCUUUCAAGAUGUCUUUAUCAAAGACCCCGCCGCAGAUAGUGAUCGAGCUCCUCACUCGAGCUGAAAAAUACAUUAAUAUGGACGAAACACUAAAUCCAAGGAGACCUAAUCCUUUCCAUGAAAAGACCGAGAACAAAAGGAAACAUGAUCCCAUUUCCCGACAUGAGUUUCCCCGGGAUAAGCGCAGGAACGAGGCACCAUCAGCACCUCUUACUCGGUUGAACACCUCUAAGGCAAACAUUUUGAUGGAGGUUAAGGAUAUGAAAGAAUUAAAGUGGCCUUCAAGGAUGAAGUCACCCCCUGACACAAGAGAUAGGAGCAAGUAUUGCGAAUUUCACCGGGAUCAUGGACAUACUACAAAGGAUUGUCAUGCUUUACAGCAAGAAAUUGAAGGCCUUAUCAAAAGAAGAUUUUUAAAGAAUUACAUUGGUCAUGAUAAACGGCCAAGGAAUGACCGUGACAAUCGAAAAGAGCCUGGGGCUGGAAGCAGUGCUAACCCACUGCUGGAACCAUUAAUAUUAUCGUCGGGGGUAUAG